AUGGCAUCCGCACCAGACGCUGCGACUGCGCAGCACCCUCUUUCUGACGAUUCGAAUGCAAGCUCGUACCAAAACAAGACUUCAAAUGAGGCAUCCGAGAAAGGCGAGGAGCAAACAACUCCCGAAUCCUCCAACCUUCAACCAGAGACCAGAGCGGUUACAGGAUGGAGAUGGGUUUUAGUUUGUUUCGGUCUCUACUGCGCCAUCUUCCUGUACGGUCUCGAUAACACGAUCGCUGCGGAUAUCCAAAGUGCCGUUUUGGACACCUAUGGAGAGGUCGGGCAGUUGGCUUGGAUAGGAACUGGUUUCCCUUUGGGGUCUGUUGCUACGAUCCUGCUUUUUGGAAAGGCAUACGGAAUGUUUGAUGUUAAAUGGGUUCAUCUUGGAAGUAUCCUCGUGUUCUGUGUCGGUAGCGCUGUCUGUGGUGCCGCCCCCAACAUGAAUGCCCUUAUCGUAGGUCGAGUCAUUGCUGGUGUCGGCGGUGCGGGAUUGUAUCUCGGCAUGUUGAACCUAAUUGCCAUCAACACCUUGGAAAACGAGCGACCUGCGUACAUGGGCGGUACCGGUGUGAUCUGGGGAGCUGGAACAAUAUUGGGACCUGUUAUUGGAGGUGCAUUUGCUGAUUCGAGCGCUACAUGGAGAUGGGCUUUCUACAUCAACCUUGUCAUCUUCGGAGCUUUGUCGCCAGGUCUUCUUUCCAUCCCAAGCUUUAAUCCCCAACCGACGGUUCCAUUCCUCACAAAAUUGAAGGAGCUUGACUGGGUUGGAGCAACUCUCAUUGCAGGACUAUACUCUUCAUUCGUUAUUGCUCUUACAUUUGGAGGUGUCUCAUGGGAAUGGAGCGACGGCCGGACAAUCGCAACUUUGGUCGUUUGCGGCGUCAUUCUGCUCAUCUUCAUUGCCCAGCAGUACUUCGCAAUUCUCACUACUCCCGAGCGCCGGCUGUUUCCUAUCCAAUUUAUUGCUUCUCGUACCAUGGUCAUAUUACACAUGUGCACCGCAUGUGGAUCAACCGCCAUGUUCGUCGUUAUCUACUACAUCCCUCUCAUGUUCCAAUUCUCUCACGGCGACAAUGGUAUUGAAUCUGCUGUGCGAUUGCUACCUUUCAUUAUAGUUCUCAGUGUUUUCAUCAUGGGCUCCGGUCAACUCUUGGGAUAUCUCGGAUACUACUUCCUUCUCUAUCUCAUCGGCGGAGCAUUCCUACUCAUCGGUGCCUCGCUCAUGUUUACCGUUAAAGCUGGAACUACGAUUGGUGCCAUAUAUGGCUUCGAGGUCCUAAUUGCCAUUGGUGCUGGCUUGAUCGCUCAAAUCGGCUACAGUGUGGCCCCCUCCAAGGUUCCGCCACAGGAAAUGGCAGCGGCAAUUGGAUAUAUCAACGUCGCUCAAAUCGGAGGUUUGGUUAUUGCCCUUGCCAUCUCCGGCACUGUGUUCCAGAAUAUCACCAUCCACCAUUUGACCAGUCUCCUUACUCCAUUGGGAUUCUCUCUGGAUCAGAUCAAAGGUGCUGUUGCAGGUUCUCAGAGUACUUUGUUCAACAGUCUGUCAGCCGAUGUUCGGGACCAAGCGAUUGGACUCAUUGUUGACUCUAUCAGUCACAUUUAUGCUUUGGUCAUCGCUGCAGGAGCAUUGUGUCUGGUUCUAGGAGCUCUUUUGAAGAGAGAAAAGCUGUUUGGAGCGGCAGCUGUUGCUGCUGCUUAA